UCUACUGUUUUGCGCUGCUGUUGCUGGCUCGAUUCAUUCGAACGACCAACUGAUCGAGCGUUAAUCGAGACGCAGUUGUUUUUGUUUUGAUCGAAAACGCGAAAUCCGAAAAUACUUAUUACCGAACGAAGUGCCGCGGGGAGCGAUAAAUGUAAUUCGAAAAAAUCUUUGUCGAUAUUUUGUUUGAAUUUGGUCAAAAUGGGCAAUAGAUUGUGUAAGAAGAAGGGUGACGAUGUUGUAGACAAUGUUGGUAGAAGUUACAGUAAAGAAAAGUCUCCGUCAAGGUUCGACAGGAUUAUAAAUAGACUACAUUUGAAGCCUACCACGUGGAAAUCGGAGUCACAGUUGAAUAAAAAGGAAAACAUUAGAUCUAAAAGCGAAGCUCCCAAAAAUGGAGACAGCAUUUUCUACACUAAACCCAUCUCGAAAAGUUCCGAUUGGACCAAUAUCGAUCUGGAAGUACCUUCUAACGAAGACGAUCACAUUCACUUAAGAAAUCCAAAAUUAAAUCUAAUUUUCGAUGACGAAAAGGGCACCCCUACGCCACCACCUCGAAAACAACACAAAAGCUUUAGAGAAAAAAUUGAAAAAAUUGCCAACAAAGGCUUGCAAGCAUUUCAAAGUGACAAAAAUAAAGAACCGAACAAUCAAAAUCAAACUCCAAUAGAGGAACCUUUGAUGGUAAAAAGAAAAAUUAACUAUAAUUGUCCUCUGUGUGAUAGCGAUGAAAAGAAUCAUAACCGAGAUCACCAUCACAAUCAUAAUAAUAAAACAAAAAAUUCCAAAAGACAAAAAAACUUGUCUAUAAUCUCCCUACCAAAUUACACUGACCUUAAACUUUCCAUAGCAAAUCAAAACAAUAUUGAUCCUACUGGAAAAUCUCUAUCAAAGCCCAACCUUAAUGCUUCCAGGCUUAGCCUACAACAUCCCAAUUCCAAAAAAAUCACUUCUAGUCAAUCUACUGGUAAACUAGACAGCUACAUUUCCAGAUGCAGAUCGUUUGGCUCAAUAUUUCCUCAACAACUAAAAAAAUUAAAAACCCCAAAAUCCAAACCAGAAGACAUUACGUCGGAUGACUCUUUUGGUCCUCUAGAAGAUUGGGAUGUUGGCCUAAUCGAACAUUAUAACCCGAAAGAUGCCAGUUUACCAAGACCAAGAAAAAAUAACAUUACAGAAAAAGCUGUUUUGGAUGGUAUUGAAGAUUUAAUAGUAAAAGAAGAAGAUUUAGUUGAAACUCCAAAGCGACCAUUGAGAAGGCAAGAGUCUCUAGUCAAAAAAAUCAACAAAGAGGCGACAAAACAACAACCUCCAGAAGAUAUUUGCUUGACACCUCCACCAAGUCCCGUACAAGUUGGUAAAGUUUCAGUGGCGGGAACUGGCAACAAAGUUUCAAAGUUGAGCAAAAAUUUCGAAAAUCCGGUUGUUGUUAAAAGAAAUAAUCAAAUUGCCAAUAAAGUAGACGAUUCGAAAAGGGAAUCAGUUUGUGAGCAUUCAAGUUUAAUGAAAAUAUUACAAGAGUUUAGUAUAAAGGAUAAACAAGAAAAAGCGAUUGUUGUUGAAAAUGAUUUGCCAUCCCUGACACCGUCUUUGGUGGAAUUUGAAAAAAGCUUGAAUAAUCAUGUAACGGAAGAUUUUAUAAAUGCAGAAAAAAAUCACACUAAAGCUGUUUGUAGUUGAUUUAGUUGUAAUAAUUAUACAUAUUAUUAAUAUUUCAACGUUGUGUUCUUGCGAAAAGGCCUAGUCAACAAUAUCUGUUUCCGCCCGGAUUAAGGAAAUAUGUAUUUAGAACAAUUUAGCCUUAAUCGAGACGUUAAUUUCAAAAUAAGACUUCAAUUUGAUAUCAUAUCAAUAAUAUUUUAGUUUUAUGUUCUUUCAAAAGGCCUAUAGUCAACAAAUAAUUUAGUCCAAUUCCAUCCGGGAAAUAUUAGAGAACAUCAGUUGUUUUGAGAGCAGAUUUAUUUUUAUUUUGAUAUGUAUUUCCGCAGCUGUAAAACUGAAAUGCUUGCUAAAAUUUUCAAUUUUCUUUUAUGUACAGAAUGUAUAUUUUUAUUAUUUUUAGGUAGAUAUAUAUUAUAUUUCGUUAGCUGGAUACGAAUAAGUUUUGUUCGUUGUUAAAACAUCAUCAUAUUAAUUUAUAAGUAAAGCAUUUUGAGUAAUACCUAUACAUCAAUAUUUUUCUAUUUUAUUUAAAUUGUAAACGUUAAUUUGUAAGUUAUUUAAAUAUAUCCAUAUAACUUAAGUCUUGUAUGUUUUAUGCGCUUUAAUAUAGAUUCUGUAGUUGUUACAUAAUUUUGUGUGUUCAUGUAAAUUUUUAUUAUUUAUAAAAAUUAACGACAUGCGUGUCCUAAAUUCUACAUGAUUAAUUUAUGCGAAAAUUCUAUUAAACUUUUGUCACUGUUUAGUUAACAAGAUUUAAACAAACAAAAAGUAUAAUAAAUGUUAAAAAAUUCAAUUGUGGGAUUAUGGUUUUGACACAAGGUAAAAAAUCUCGUGUAUUUUACCAAAAAAUUAAGGAUGCACUAAUAAUUUUUAAUGUAAACAAGACGAGAUGAGUGUUUAAUUUCGUCGCUAAUAUACGGAAGUUUAGAAGUGCCACCCGAAUUUGAAUUUAAUAAUUGUAACAAUACAAAUCAGAAUCCUGAGAUAUAACGUGAUAUAACUAUAUGUCAGUAUUUUGAGAUAUGUCAUAGCCAAAGAAAUUUAUGGGUUUUUCAAAAAAAUUUGCGAGGGCAGGCUGAUUUUUACAGGGCUGAUUGGAGACUGUGUCCUGAGUAUUGAGCCAAAAAAUCACACUCGAAAGCCUUGUGCGUUCGGCCAUAUUGGCCUUUUUCUUAGUUAUUUUUUUUCGACAAAAUGACCUUAACAAAACUUGUAGAUAAUAACAUUCUGAUCAACUUUGCCUCAUUCCUUUUUUUGCUAUCUAUUUUAGUUUAGGCGUUGCGGCCAUUUUAUUGCUCCAGAAUUCGCAAAAAAAUUAAAAUAGCAAACCUGCAGAUUAUUGUAACUUUAAUAAAAUUACUGGUAAUGUACUCCAUUACGUUUUCGGUUUCAGUCCAAGAAAUGAUACAUUACAUCACUAAUCCGGUGAAAUUAUUUUCUCGGAGUGAAAGCGUGAAAUCGAAAUGAUGUUUUUUUUAACAAUACUGGGACCUGUUACCUGUUUGAAAAGUGACAAAAGUUUUUUUUUCUACAAUCGGCCUAGAAAGUAGACUUUGUCGAUUAGAUUUGUGCUCGCAAAGUAGACGUUUCCUAUGAUGACCUCCACUUUGCCGCGUUAGAGCGUCAAACUACGUCAAAAUCCUUCACUUUGUCGCUCUAGAGCGGCAAAGUAGUAAAAGCGCUUGCUUUUACUACUGGUUUCUUUGAACCUGAACUAUUUUUUAUCAAAUGCGAUUGUAAAAAAAUCAAGUGUGCAUUUGCCAAUAUCAACAAUAUCUUUCGAUCGGCAAAGUACCACUUUGCGCUCUUAAUACACAAAUAGCUAUUGUGCAACCGUCCGCGAAAUUCAAUUUCGCGAAACGCCACUUUUUACCUGCAAAAUGUGACAAAUCCUUAGAAACGCUAUGCAUGCCACAAUGUCCACCAGGUCAAAUAAAAUUUUUCAAAUGCCUAAAAGGCCGUACAAGCGAAAGAAAUAAAGUUACAAUAAAAUAUCAUCAAGCAAAGUAAUAGAGAAUUUUAUUAGGUAUAAUAAUCUGCAGGUUUGCUAUUUAAUAUUUUUGCGAAUUCUGAUGCACCAAAGUUGCCGCAGCGCCUAAAGUAAAAUAGCUAGCAAAAAAAGUCAUGAGGCAAAGUUGAUCAGAAUGUAAUUAUCUACAAGUUUUGUCGAAAAAAAAAUAAAUAAGAAAAAGGCCAAUACGGCCGAACGCACAAGGCUUUCGAGUGUGAUUUUUUUGGCUCAGUACUCAGGACACAUUCCCCAAUCAGCCCUGGAAAAAUCAGCCUGCCCUGGCAAAAUUUUUUGCGGCCCAGGUAUAAAUUUCUUGGGCUAUCACCCGUCUCCCUAUUUACCUACUGCUGGGUUUAAACUCCUUUGUUUAUAUUGUCUCUAUCUAUUUUAUCACGUACUAACCAGGCGCUUACUGAUAAGCAGAGCAGCAAAAUAGCAGAAUAAUAUGGGAAAGCCAAGACAGGAUUCAAAGCAAAAUAUAUUUUUCUGUUUUUUCUAUCACCCAAGGAACGAGUCGGAGGCUAUUUGUCUGUAAAAUGUCAUUACGAAAUCUUAUGGACAUCUUCAAAACAACGUCUUUUUUUUUUUUUUGAAUUUUCAAACGUAAUGCAGACCUAAAAAAGACGUCUUUAAGAUUUUGUGUGCUGUCUGGGUAAGUGGUUCUGAGUCACUGUUGGGCUUGUAGGUACAUCGGUGCAGCACUUUUGGGACACCCUGUAUAAAUAAAACGCAAAUAAUUGACAAAAUUGCUUAAAACCAAGAAACUUUUGUAUUUAUAUAUUUUUUGUACACCCUGUAGUUUCUGAGAAAAGACAUAGGUCCCU